AUGACUUCUGUUGUUGAGCACUCUCCACCGGCUCACAGCCCGCCUGGCCCAGAUGCCAAACGGCCUAGGGGCAUCCUCAAAAACCCUUCCUUUGGCGAUCCGCCGUCUCCUGAACGCCCGCGAGACCGGUCUCUGUCCGCCAAAGAGGUCACCCUCGCAAACACCCAGAUCAACGCCGGCCCUCGACGAUCGUCCUCUGGAGCAGGCUCGCGCCGCCACUCCUCGCACAGCAUCGGCGACCCGUCUGAGCCGGCCCAGCGUCUCAAGUGGGACGAGGCCAACCUCUACUUGACCGAGCAGGAGCGCUCGUCGACGAUGAAGAUCACGGAGCCAAAGACGCCCUACGCCAAGCACUACGACCCCACAGAGGACCCGACCGACGACGAAGGCGGGGAUGAGGACGGCCUUGCUGUUGCUGGCCGCAAGACUCAGCGUGCCGGUGCUGAAGACGACAUUCCGGGCCUUUCGCUGGGCGAGCCGGAGGAGGAGAUCCCGGAGAGGCCAGCACAGAUAUCGCGCAGCUCCAGCGAGAAGACGGUCCACGUGGAGCAGGAGGACGUCACCCCCUCUGCCGAAGAGGAGGUCCUGGGACUCACGCCCGAGGAGAGGGAGAAGCACCGCAAGUGGCAUGGAUACGAGGAACGCGCAUAA